CCUCCGGCCGCGCGUCGGGCAUCGCCCACACGCCCAGUGCAGGGUGUCUCGCGCCUCCACGCACCCCUCCUUCACCUCCGUUUUCUUCUAGAACCCAGGCCCCGCCCGUUUCCCGCCUCCCAGGCUUGGUUCGCGCCGGCCCCCGCCCGCCCCUCUCUGCCCCUCCUGCUUCUCUGCUGAAGGCGGAGGCUCCAUGUUGUCCCCUCAGCGAGCGGUAGCGGCUGCCUCGAGAGGAGCAGGUGAUGCCAUGGAGAGCAGAAAGCCUGGUCCAGUGCAAGUUGUUUUGGUUCACAAAGAGCAGCAUUCCUUUGAGCUAGAAGAGAAAGCGUUGGCUAGCAUCCUUCUGCAGGACCACGUCCGAGAUCUUGAUGUGGUGGUUGUGUCAGUGGCUGGUGCCUUCCGAAAGGGCAAGUCCUUCAUUCUGGACUUUAUGCUACGAUACUUAUAUUCUCAGAAGGAAGGUGGCCAUUCAAAUUGGUUGGGUGACCCAGAAGAACCAUUAACAGGAUUUUCAUGGCGAGGAGGCUCUGACCCAGAAACCACUGGGAUUCAGAUCUGGAGUGAUGUUUUCAUUGUGGAGAAACCAGGUGGGAAGAAGGUUGCAGUUGUUUUGAUGGAUACACAGGGAGCAUUUGACAGCCAGUCAACUGUGAAGGAUUGUGCUACCAUUUUUGCUUUAAGCACCAUGACUAGUUCUGUUCAGAUUUACAAUUUGUCCCAGAACAUUCAGGAAGAUGAUCUUCAACAGCUGCAGCUCUUCACAGAAUAUGGUCGUCUGGCAAUGGAUGAAAUUUUCCAAAAACCCUUUCAGACACUGAUGUUUUUAAUUCGAGACUGGAGUUUCCCCUAUGAAUACAGCUAUGGACUGCAAGGAGGAAUGGCAUUUUUGGAUAAGCGUUUACAGGUGAAGGAACAUCAACAUGAAGAAAUUCAGAAUGUCCGAAAUCAUAUCCACUCAUGUUUCUCCGAUGUUACCUGUUUUCUCUUACCACAUCCAGGACUACAGGUGGCCACAAGCCCUGACUUUGAUGGGAAAUUGCAAGAUAUUGCUGGUGAAUUCAAAGAGCAGUUGCAGGCACUGAUACCAUUUGUAUUAAAUCCAUCUAAGUUAAUGGAAAAGGAGAUUAAUGGCUCAAAAGUCACUUGCCGCGGACUGUUGGAAUAUUUCAAGGCAUAUAUUAAAAUUUAUCAAGGAGAAGAUCUGCCUCACCCCAAAUCCAUGCUUCAGGCUACCGCUGAAGCCAAUAAUUUAGCAGCUGCAGCCUCUGCCAAGGACAUUUAUUAUAACAGCAUGGAAGAGGUUUGUGGGGGAGAGAAACCUUAUUUGUCUCCUGAUAUUUUAGAGGAGAAGCACUGUGAAUUCAGACAACUGGCUCUGGACCAGUUUAAGAAGACCAAGAAGAUGGGUGGGAAGGAUUUCAGCUUUCGCUACCAGCAAGAGCUGGAGGCAGAAAUCAAGGAACUCUAUGAAAACUUCUGCAAGCACAAUGGUAGCAAGAACGUCUUCAGCACCUUCCGAACCCCUGCAGUGCUCUUCACGGCCAUUGUGGUUUUGUACAUAGCCUCAGGCCUCACUGGCUUCAUUGGUCUUGAAGUUGUGGCCCAACUGUUCAACUGUAUGGUUGGACUGUUGUUAAUAGCGCUCCUCACCUGGGGGUACAUCAGGUAUUCCGGUCAAUAUCGAGAGCUGGGCGGAGCUAUUGAUUUUUGUGCAGCAUAUGUGUUAGAGCAGGCUUCUUCUCAUAUUGGUAAUUCUACUCAGGCUGCUGUGAGGGAUGCAGUUGUUGGGAGACCACCUGUGGAUAAAAAAGCUCAAUAGCAUCUUAACAGGAGGAUCCAGCAGGAGCCCAACCAGCCCCUGGAUUCCUGAAUCUCUGCAUGGCUCUGGGUCCAAGUCCAGAGGAAGGGCUGAUCUGAGACCAUCUGGCAAGAGCUGCAACAGGGAACUGCAAUAAAUGAACUGACCUCUUCUGUGGUUUCAGAUUCUUUAAACACAUUUCCAUUUCUGUUGGAAGCAUUCCUUUUCCUUGCUCUUAGAUCCAAGCCCGUGUCUGUCUUAUUCUCUGCUUUAUGCACUUUAUUGGGGGAUGGGGAAAGCUAAAGAAAAAAGUGGAAAUGCAGCUUUUAAGUCUUUUAUGUGUCACUUUAGUGCCUUUUAAGAUUGAAUCCAUGCUUUUGUGGACACAAAAGGGAAGAGAUGGAGGAUAACCUCAUGAAGUGUGCUCUUGUGGGUGAAACUCGUCAGUUCUUAUAGACCUUACUCUUUUGAGAAGGUUUCCUUUUUUAAAAAGUUUACAAAACUUUGAGAAGCUUCAGAACUAAAGACUAACUGAAAAUGAUGCCAUUAACCUUUUGAAAUCUUAUAAUUUUAAGAUUCUGUUUGCCAUAUGCUAUGGGAAAAUCAUAUAUUUAAAUAUACCAUACUUUGGAAUAUAAGGUCUUUUAUCUGAUAGGUUGGAGUUUUGUUGAACCUA